UUCGUCGAUUUUAAUACAAAUUAAUGUUCAAAUAUUUCAAACUGAAUUACAACCUCUCAAAUAAUAUUUAGACGACGAUUACUCAGUUUGCAAGAAUGGCUCCAUCCUUUGUUGCUUGCCGUAUUUGCCGAAGCGUCGAAGGAAAGUUGAAAAACUAUACAGACAAUUCAUUUUUAAUAAAAGCUUACGAAGAAUUCAGUGGAUGUCCUUUUCUUGAGUGGCCAUACAUGACAAAGUUCUGCCCAGAAUGCGCCUGCCUUAUCAGAAAGGUGUACAAAUUCAGAAGAAGGUGCAGAAAAUCCUACAAAUGUAUUAUGCAGCAUUUAGAGUCAGGUAGAAAGAUAACCAAGCAGUUCAUUCAGAUGAGGGACAACCACCAGGAGCUGACAAGCCUGGCCACAUGGAACACGGAUCACAUACCGACAGUAGAUUAUGUUCACAACCCAAAAGCUUUCAAGACCAAGAGAAAAACUGUUGAGGAGUCUGGAUUCUGUAUUAAACAUUUGACAGGUUGGUGUUAUUCAAUUAAUAUUAUGUAUAGUAUGAAUUUUCUGAGAUGAAUUUUUGGGUUUUGCCGUAAUCUGUUAAA